GCUCGGCUUUCCAGUACCGCCUCUUGGCGGCGGCAGCAGAGGCACCAUGGCCGACGACGGCCGCCCUGCCGAGGCGCCCAGCCCACGGGGCUCCCCGGGUCGGGCGCCGCGGGUCCCGCGCGCGGUCGGGCCGGGAAGCGGGGCCAGCUGCCGGGAGACCCCUAGGACGCCGGCGCUGGCGCUGCGCUUCGACAAGCCCAUCAAGCAGGCCUUCUACAAUACGGGGGCCGUGCUGUUCGUGUGCCUGUGCUGCGGCGCCGCCGUGCUCGUCUACUUCAUCCUGGAGGCCUUCCUGCGGCCACUGCUGUGGGCCGUGCUGUGCGGCACCUUCCUGCACCCCUUCAAGAGCUCGCUGACGCGCCUGGGCCGCCACUGGCUGCAGCGCCUGCACCGCGCGCACACGCCCAUCGUGCUGGCCGCGCUGCUACUGCCACUCUGCUUCGCCGACUACGGCGUUGAGGCCCUGGGCGAGCAGGCGCUGCGCCGCCGCCGCCUGCUGCUGCUGCUGGGCGCCGGCGGCCCGCUCCUCUACGGCCUCUACUGCCUCGGCAGCUACCUGGGCGUGCAGGUGCUGCUGGCGCACGCCGGCGCGCUCAUCUGCCGCGGGCUGGACUACUUCAGCAGCCUGUGGAUCUGGACACUGGUAGUUGGCUAUGUGUUGGCUGUCUCAUUCAAGUGGAAUGCAAGCACUGAACGCUACUUGAGAGCAGUUUCAAUUCCUGUCUGGAUUAUAUUGCUUUUUCAUUUAGCAUCCCUGGCGGGCUCAUGGAGAAUUCCAGUAUUCCUGGUUAUUGUUUUCCUGAUGUCUGUGGGCACCCUCUAUGAAAAACAAAAUGGAAAAGAGUCUUCUGGAGCGGAGUUACCAGGGCAGGUUAUCUCCAUGGCAGCUUCUACUCUGGCAACCUUGGCCAUCUCCAUCACAGGGUAUGAAUCAAGUGCCGAUGACCAGCCCUCCGACCAGCCUGCAGAAACCAUGGACACAGGAGAACCGCCCGCACCACUGUCCUCAUCUCCUUCACCUUCUUCCCCCUCCCCUACUCUGGGUAGACAGAGGGCUGAAAUGGGAACAUUUCUCAGGAAGAAGAAAACCAGUGACAUCUACUUCGUGUCGCUUGUGUGGGCCAUCGUUGGUGUCCAGCUCUGGUUGAACCUGUGGAUUGUACAGUUGCUGCCGGUGCCUGUGGCAGUCUGGAUCCUCAAAAAGCUUGUCAUUCACUUUGGAGUCGUGGACUUCCUGGCGAAACGCUGCCGCGUGUGGUGGCAGGUGGCUGAGCACUUCCUCAAGGAGCGGCAGGAGGCUCUCGCACCAUGGCCGGUUAUUGGGCUUGGAAAAUUCUUGUUAAAAGUUGAUAGCAAGCUCUGGCACUGGCUAAAUAAGAAGAUGAUCAUCUGGUUGGAGAAGAUGUUAGACAAAAUAAUUAGCAUUUUCAUCAUAUUUUUAUUAGUGAUAGGAACCCUUCUUUUAGCCCUACUCCUGACUGCAAAGGUGCAUCAAGAGAGUGUUCACAUGAUUGAAGUCACAAGCAAUUUGAUUAAUGAGACUCUAGCAAAUCACCCUGAGUGGGCAAAUUGGCUUCCUGAAGCUCAGGUAGUCCAAAGAGCCCUCAAUUCUGCGGCUAACAACGUGUAUCAGUAUGGAAGAGAGUGGAUAACCCACAAGCUUCAUAAAAUUCUGGGAGAUAAGGUGAACAAUACUGCUGUAAUUGAAAAGCAAGUACUAGAACUUUGGGACAGAUUGUAUCAUUCUUGGUUUGUAAAGAAUGUAACGCAUUCUGGAAGGCACAAAGGACACAAGAUGCAUAUAAAUCGUCAGAAUAGCUGGCUGGGAGACAUCCUGGACUGGCAGGAUAUCGCUUCCUUUGUUCACGAGAACAUUGAGACAUUUCUUUCGAUCUUAGAGUCUCUGUGGAUUGUCAUGAGCCGGAACGUGAGCCUGCUUUUCACCACGGUCACCACCCUCCUGACCAUCCUCUUCUACAGCGGGACGGCCCUUCUCAAUUUUGUGCUAUCUCUGAUAAUUUUCCUGACCACACUAUUUUAUCUAUUAAGUUCCAGUGAUGAGUACUACAAGCCAGUGAAGUGGGUGAUAAGCCUGACACCACUAUCUCAGCCAGGUCCUUCUUCUAAUAUUAUUGGCCAGUCUGUGGAAGAAGCUAUCAGAGGGGUGUUUGAUGCUUCCCUCAAAAUGGCUGGCUUCUACGGAUUGUACACUUGGCUGACUCAUACUAUAUUUGGCAUCAAUAUUGUCUUCAUACCAUCAGCGUUAGCAGCAAUCCUCGGAGCGGUGCCAUUUCUGGGGACAUACUGGGCGGCAAUACCUGCCGUUCUAGACCUGUGGCUCACACAAGGCUUAGGGUGCAAAGCCAUCUUACUGCUGGUUUUUCAUCUCUUGCCAACAUACUUUGUAGACACUGCCAUCUACUCUGAUAUAUCAGGAGGUGGGCAUCCUUACUUGACAGGCUUGGCAGUGGCUGGUGGGGCGUACUACUUAGGCCUGGAAGGAGCAAUCAUUGGGCCCAUACUUCUCUGCAUACUCGUGGUCGCUUCCAAUAUCUACAGUGCCAUGCUAGUGAGUCCCACGAAUUCAGUGCCCACGCCAAACCAGACCCCAUGGCCUGCUCAGACUCAGCGGACUUUUCAUGAUAUUUCUGAGGAUCUGAAAUCUUCAGUAGACUGACAUGGUUUCCCCCGCAGUGAUUUCUGUAGGAGGCUCCGUCUUGAUAGUGAGUUCAGCUCAGCUGUGGCCUUCUGUCCUUUCAUCCGUGCCUAGCAAGCAGAGCCCGGAAAAGAAGCAGAACCCUCCUGGCCUUCCCUACAGAAUGCCUGGACAAGAGAGAGCUCGCUGUGGGGUGCUUUCCAUUUUAAAGCACGGCUUUAGAGCUCAGAAUUGUGGUUUGCUCACUUAAUUGUUGCUAGGAUGGCUUGAAGAGUUUCGAUUUAUACACUGGUACCAUGGCUUGAAGUUUCCCACUUUGGUUAUCUAUAUUAUUAUAAUAUGUAUUUAUAAAGUUAUUUCAAGAGCCCUAAACUACCUGCUGUUAAAAGUAGUUGCAGCGUAAUUUUCUCCUGCUUUAAGGAAUCUGUUCUUAAACUUUUCUAUGGUCGUCACUUUUUAAUGAAGAGGGUUUUCACUUUUGAAUUUGCAGUUUCUUGAGCAGGAAAAAGGAGUCGUCUUCCCUUCUUCCACCGUGCAUGGUCCCCUUUGUAAGAAAGAACAAAUCUUAAGUGUAAGACGGGGUGGCUUAUUUGAAUGUCAGUUAGUUGUGUGUUACAGCCAUAGGAGACACAGAAAGACUGUCUCCCCCCCCCCCCCCCCCGCCUUUCUCUUCCUUCCAUCCGCCAUUACACUAUGACCAACUUUCUAAAACUUGGUUGACCACUUUGAAGUAAAAUACUGAUUAAGCUGCUAUUAAUGGUAACAGUAUGACAGAAUUCAUGUUGUGGUUCAGUUUUUCUUUCCAGAUACUUUAAGUGAAAAAUCUCAGGAGUAGCAGUUCUCUGAGUUGUUGAAUGUAUCCCUGUUUGCCUAUUUGAAAUUCUGCCAAUUAGUUACUUAUUAGCAGUAGAAUGUUACAUUUAUGUAGUAUUUUUCCAUCACUUAGCACAGUGCCUUGCACAUAAGACUCUAGAUGAAGGCUUGUUGAAUUAUGACUUUUUUAAGUAUCUCAGAUAUCACAAUAACCAGCAUAGCGCUUUACAUCUUACAAGUCGUUUGCGCAUAUUUUUUCACAGCCACUCCCCAUCAGCUUUCAUGUAGCUUUAUAUUAUUUUAGAACUGUUUCAUACAGAUGGGGAAACUAAGGUUCAGAAAAAUUUAGUAAGAUUUUUACCUCAAAUCUUUCUGACUUAAUAGUCUGCGGACCGUGCUGUACUGUAACAUUUCUUCCAGUAUCUUCCACAGUUUUCCUAGUGUUUGUCCUACAGUUAAUGACAAGGCUGGGACUGGAACCUAGCUCUUAGCUCUGUGCCCUUUCCACUGCAUAAUGCAAUCAUUAGGCUCUUUAUCUGUCCCCAAGGGAAUAUGGAGGAGAAAGGGUUCCUAAGUAUCAAAGACCUCCCUUUGGAAAACGAAGGUAGAAGUCUUUUUUUUUUUUUUUUUUUCUAAAACAUUGUCUCCCUAAAGCAUAGUUAAUAAUAAUUAGCUUAAAUUUAUUCUGAUAUUACUUAAGAAAUUAGGUCCAUCUAGGAAAGAGGCUACUGUGAGGGCUUGACUUUUAUACAGUAGACUACAUGCAGGUCUCUUAUUUUUGCUGUCACAAUCUGAUGUUACACCGAGUGUUCCUUUGGCCACUAACUGACUUCUGCUUUUCUUCAGUCAUUUGUUCAGGAAAACUUGUCAAGAGUUUGCCAGCUCUGGUUCCCAUGCCAAGUACUGUACAGGGUGCCACAGGCAAUCAUAAGAAGCCCUUCUCUCACCUUGAAUCUUGGCCACAUCAUGUGCAUUACUAAAGUUAAAAUUUUUGCAUUAAAAGGCUUAAAGAAAUCGUA